AUGAUAACAUACUAUCACCAGCGUAUCUACACCACCAUAUCAGAUUUUUAAUUAUUAAUUAUCUCCGCACCAACUUUUACUUAGGUGUGCAGGACUUUAGGUCCAAAUCUAUUGUCCAAUUCAUUAUUUAUCAUUUUAUUUUCACCACCACAGCAACCCUCCAACAUGUCUCGUCUUAUUUUUCCUCCCCCAUAUAAACAGUAUUGCUGCUCUUUAUUGGUCAAAAUUAAAUACAAACCAUUGGAUGCGUGCCUUAAUCUUGAUGGCGCUGACCAUAUCCACACCCACCUGCUCGCCCCCUCCUCCCCCUCGCCGAUGACGGCGACGGGUUCAGCAGCGAUGGGGACGAUCCUGUUCCUUCUCUUCUUCCUCGUCCAGAUCUCCCGCAGCUCUGCACUUGACUUCCUCUUCAAUUCCUUCAACGGCAUCAUCAAUGGCACCAACCUCACUCUCAUCAGCGACGCUCGCGUCGACCACACCGUCAUCCGCAUGACCAACGACUCCAACCAGUACUCCUUUGGACGAUCCUUCUACCCCACCGCCAUCACCAUGAAACCAAACUCAAACUCCUCCAACAUUUCUUCCUUCUCCACUUCCUUCGUUUUCUCCAUUUUGCCCCAGAUCUCCACCAGCCCAGGUUUCGGUCUUGCCUUCGUCCUCACCAGCACCAUGUCUCCUCCCGGCGCCCUCGCCAGUCAGUACUUUGGCCUCUUCACCAACGCCACCCAUCCCACAGUCUCUCCCCUGUUCGCUGUUGAAUUCGACACCGGACAGAACCCAGAGUUCAACGAUCCAGAUGAUAACCACAUCGGGAUUGAUCUGAACAACAUCGAAUCCAUCGAGAAAAGAUCUGCUGGCUACUAUAAUUCAACUGGUGGUUUCGUGCCUAUUCGAAUGCGUAAUGGUCGAAACGUUCGAGCUUGGGUAGAGUUCGAUGGAGCAAAUUUGGAAAUAAAUGUUACGGUUGCGCCAAUUGGCGUUCCUCGCCCAUCAAGGCCCACGCUUUCGUAUAAAAAUCCCGUUAUAGCUAAUUACGUCUCUGCGGAGAUGUAUGUUGGAUUUUCUGCAUCGAAGACGAAUUGGGUUGAAGCACAGAGACUUCUAGCUUGGAGCUUUAGCGACAGUGGACCUGCGAGAGACAUUAACACAUUAAAUUUACCAGUUUUUCAGCCAGAGUCGUCGUCUUCGAAGCUUUCUGGAGGAGCGAUUGCUGGAAUUGUGGUUGGAUGCGUUGCUUUUACGGUGAUUUGUGGUUCAGGGUUUUACUUGUGGUGGCGAAACAAGAAAUUGAGAGACCAAGAGGACGAAAUUGAAGAUUGGGAGCUAGAGUAUUGGCCCCACAGAUUCUCAUAUGAGGAGCUCAGCGUGGCUACUGAUGAAUUCCGCUAUGACAAUCUUUUAGGUUCAGGAGGAUUCGGGAAAGUCUACAAAGGAACACUGUGGAACAACACAGAAAUUGCAGUCAAAUGCGUCAACCAUGAUUCCAAGCAGGGAUUACGAGAAUUUAUGGCGGAGAUCUCCAGCAUGGGGAGGCUUCAACACAAGAAUUUGGUUCAGAUGAGGGGAUGGUGCAGAAAAGGGAACGAGCUCAUGCUUGUUUACGACUAUAUGCCCAAUGGAAGUCUGAACAAAUGGAUUUUCGACAAACCAGCGAAGCUUCUAGGCUGGGAACGACGUCGCCGGAUCCUCGUCGACGUCGCGGAAGGGCUAAACUAUCUACACCAUGGUUGGGAUCAAGUAGUGAUACACAGAGACAUUAAAUCGAGCAACAUAUUGCUGGACUCGGAUAUGAGAGGUAGAUUGGGGGAUUUUGGUCUCGCUAAGCUUUAUCAACAAGGUGAAGUUCCAAACACGACGAGGGUGGUCGGUACGUUGGGGUAUUUGGCACCUGAGCUGGCGUCGGUGGCUGCCCCGACGUCGGCGAGCGAUGUGUACAGCUUCGGAGUGGUGUUGUUGGAGGUUGCGUGUGGGCGGAGACCGAUAGAGACGUCGGCGCCGGAAGAUGAGGUGGUGCUGAUUGAUUGGGUGAGGGAUUUGUAUGCGAAAGGGAGUGCAGUGGAGGCGGCGGAUACAAGGAUCAAGGGUGAGUACGAUGAGGAAGACAUGGAGAUGAUUUUGAAGCUUGGUCUAGCUUGUUGUCACCCUGAUCCGCAGAGGAGGCCGACCAUGAAGGAGGUGGUUGUGCUUUUGGUGGGCGAGGAACUCGGGGCGGCGCCGGUGGAAUCGUUGUCUGAGUUAGCUCGGGGCGCGAGCGGCGCUGUGAAUGGUGACGGCGACGGCGACUAACAAGAGGAGGCGCAGCAGGGGACCACGCUAGCGGUGUAACUGUCUCUGUUGUUUUUGUUAUUUAAUCAGUAAAUAUUGCAUAUUUAUAUGGUGUAAAGAAAUGUAGUGUUCGACUAUUCAUUAACUUUGUUGUGAUUAAAAAAGAGAGUAAUUCUUUUGGUUCUAUUUA